AACAGUGUCAGCCUCUCUACUGUUGAUCGUGUCCUCAAGCGCAACAGACUGCGCAUGAAACAACUAUACAGAGUGCCCUUUGAUCGCAACUCAGACAGAGUCAAAGAGCAAAGAUUCCAAGGGUUUUUGAACUGGAUGCAAUGGAAAGACCCCAUGAAUACAUGUACAUGGAUGAAGCUGGAUUUAAUCUCACCAAAAGGAGAAGGAGAGGCCGUAAUGUGAUUGGCCAUCGGGCCAUUGUUGGUGUUCCUGGGCAGCGUGGUGGCAAUGUCACAUUAUAUGCUGCCAUCAGCAAUCAUGGGGUUGUCCACCAUUAUGCCAACCUGGGGCCCUACAACACUCACCAGCUCCUCAAUUUCCUCAAUCACAUGCGAGAUGCUCUGUUAGGGCAGCAGGAUGAGCAUCCCAUCUAUGUUGUUGUUUGGGACAAUGUGAGUUUUCACAGAGCCCUCCAGGUUAGAGAGUGGUUCAAUAUGAACCAAGGUUUUAUCAAUCUUUGCCUUCCACCGUACUCCCCUUUCCUAAACCCCAUUGAGGAAUUCUUCUCCUCAUGGCGGUGGAAGGUAUAUGAACGCCAACCUUACACCAGGGUAAAUCUCCUGCAAGCCAUGGGACUUGCCUGUGGUGACAUAGGUGUGGAGGCAUGCCAAGCCUGGAUACGGCAUGCCAGGGGUUUUUUCCCCUGUUGCCUGGCCAGACAAAAUGUGGCCUGUGAUGUGGAUGAAGUCCUGUGGCCUGACCCAGUACGGAGACAUGAUGCUGUGGCUGAGUAA